UGGUUACUGCUGGCACCGAUCGGGCGCAUAUAUAGAACGACCCCGCCGUAUCCUGUCAGUGGAUGCUCUGAGAUCUGAAAUACGCCCUGAAAUAUCGCUAACCUUAGCUCAUAGGAUCCGAACUCACAACACGGUCUUCGUCAUGAAGCAAGCUUACUUAUAUAUAUUCACAAUCCUGGUGUUGAUAGUUAUGAUAUGGGUUAGGCCCAUUCAAAGCCGCAGCUCUAAGAGUAAGGGAUCAAGGGAUAAAGACAGAAGUAAGUCUAGAUCCGAGGGUGAAUGUGCUAUUAAGCAAGAUAGCGAUGGGUAUUACUAUGUCGAAUGUGGAGGAACCGGAAAAGCUACAUCAAAACAGAAUCGCAAGAAGAACAUCAAAAGUAAGAGUCAGAGUAACGAGAAACUAACAGACACUGUUGAUGAUAUAAGAGGUUUUGAUGUAAACAAUCAUAUGAACGAUGAAAAGGUAACAAAGAAAUGCUCUUGUGAGCGUGGCAAGCGAGGCCCUCGUGGAAACAAAGGAAAAACUGGACAAAAAGGAAAAGCAGGCAAAAGAGGUGCAACAGGGCCUCCAGGUGCUGAUGGAAGAGAUGGAAGGCCUGGAAUACCAGGGACCAAAGGUCUUCCAGGACCACAAGGUAUCGUUGGACCUCCUGGACCAAUUGGCAUAAAAGGUGAAAGAGGGUUUCCAGGAGUAAAGGGUAUAUCGGGGCCUAAAGGAGAAACAGGACCAACAGGACUUCCGGGUAACUGCAUAAAAAAAUCUAAUGUUGGAAAAGUCGCCUCUCCGAUGUUUUAUUGUUUACCCGGGCGCAAGGGAGAAGAAGGACCUAAGGGUAACCAAGGUCUACCCGGGCUAACGGGCCCUCCGGGAUUGGAAGGAAACACAGGCUCAAAAGGAGAAAAGGGAUCUAUUGGACAACGUGGACGCAUUGGCAGGCCAGGACCUCCCGGGGAUUUUAAUAACUUCUCUUGUAGUCCGAGAUAUACGACAUGGAUAGAAACGAAUGACUGGGAAAACAAUCAACCUGAUGUUUAUUGUGACAAUAAGGAAUUUUUACAAGGAUUUCGAAUUCAAAAAGAAGGUUCACGCAGGAGAUACCGAUACAUAUGCUGUACUCUUACCAAAUCAGACUAGACACAAGAACUUACCUUUUACCAUACGAGGAAAAUGCACAUGCGGAUCGUCCAAAGUCAAUAACACUCAAGAAUCACAUAAUUUCGAAAGAGCAAAGACUUUUGUUAAAGUAUGAAGUUGGCGGAUCGGUAAUUUUCGAAGAAAAGGCUUGUGAAAAAACAGAAUUCUUAGUCUACGUUGGUUGGCGAUCUGCGGUCGGCGCCAGCAGCGCAUGCUAGAUAUAAAUCUGAACAGUAAUAUUACAAUACUACAUCACAUACGUCAGCACUUUUGGAAAACAAUUACAGUGCGCGCAAUCCCGAUCAAUGAUAUGCAAAUUCGAAAUUUAUUUGUGACAAUGCAUACAAAGUUGAGUGCUUUAUUAAGCUUGAAAUGUAUUAUAGUCAUGAAUAAAUAAUGUCAGCACAGAAUAAAAUAUGCCGGGAAAAUGUGCAGAUAGAGUUUGGGAAAAUUCCUUAUAAUAAUUGUGACUUUUCGCUGAUUGCAUUCACAUCGCCUAUAGUACAUUUCAGGGUUGCUAUGCGACAUGCAAGCAAAACCUUCACCAACCUUUUUUAAAAAUUUUUGUAUGCAUAAAGCCAGCUUUUCACAUCCCCCUUCAAGCGAAACUGAAGUGCAGCAAGUGCGCAAGAAAGAAGAAUGCAAGCCAUCAGCUAUUGGUUACUGUAUUAGCCUGUAUCGGGCAUAUAUGUGCAAUAGUCUGUAGUUUCAUUGCUGACCUUUUUUUUACAAAAGCACGCAGAAGAUUAUGUACGCAUUCAUAGGUGAAUACAAUCUGCGCUUGCGUUUUUAUUAUUACUGUAAUACACGAAUCAAAAUGGGCUGUCAAGUCCAACCAUUUACUACGUUCAAGGAUGUUUCUCAAUUGCUUAAAAAUUCAGAUAAUAUAUUUAAGCAUUGAGAAGAAGCAUUGCGCCUUUGCGCGCUCUUUUAUUCUAAGUGUGGUGCUGAUAUUUUCUUUUGAAACCCACGCUGACUUAAAAUUUAAGGAAUAAGGUAAAGCCAGAGUCGACCACUAGUAUUGAGGCUGCCAUAAGCGACUCAAGGACAUAGCGUGCACUGGACUGCGCGCGUCUUGGGCGCAAUCUCAAACGACGAGACAGCUUUCAUUGACGAAAAAUUGAAAAUAUUACAUCAAUCAUGUAAAUAAUCUCUUUAACUCAUUUAGUCUCUCUAUGAAAUGUAGGCAAAUUUCCCGUUGUAUUUGUAGCUCCGUURAGUAUCAAACUCUUUUCAUAACUCGACUUUGUAAAGGUUUUGCACCACAAUGUCCCAGCUAAGAUACCAUUCUCAUCUUUAUACAGUGUUCAUUGUACUUUUAAAAUAUCCUUAAUAUAAGAAGAGCUUCUAAUAAGCUUUCCACGAACAUAUUUUCCAAAAACUCUUCAUAGCAAAGUUUUGCCAAAAGAGGGAAUGGAUGAUUGAUAGUAGUUUGCCCUACCUAUUAAAUACGAUUUAUGAGAAGCUCUCGAUCAGUAGACGACCCGCUUCAAAUUGCAGCAGAAUGUAAGCUUAUGGGUCGAAAGCUAGAAUAUCUAGAUUAACAUUCCUUCCUUGAUACUGAAAACAAGGUCGUUUACAGGAGUGUAAUAAUUAGCCURCGUAGAGGGGCUUUGAAGGCGGGGAGAGAAAAGGGAGGGGAAAUUCUGGUCGCGUGCGCACACGUUCACACUAGUCGUGGAACACAGAAUUAACUAAGAAGAAAAUUCUGCAACGGAUUUUGAGUCAAAAAUCUACUUAAAGAAUACAAA